AUGAGUUUUUCUGCAAGUCAUUAUAAUAACAAAUCACAAAAAUUAAUUAAAGCCGCUAUUGUGGCUGAAACUACAUCCUAUUUAAUGUGUGGUAUUAAAAAUAAAAUUGCAUCGGAAAAGAAACAGGGAGAAGUAUUAAAAACUAGCCCUCUCUUAAAUCAAACAACCAACCCAAAUUGGAAAUUCCAAGAUGAUGAAGGUCAAGAAUUCGUAGUCUAUAUUGUAGAUGAAUGGGCAAGAAUAUUCCCAGCAAUUGCACAUACAAAGAAAUUAUUUACUUUCUGGGUCAGAGUUAGUAAAAAAGUUACCAUAAAAGCUUUUAAAUCAAAGCAUGGUGAAAUUAUCGAGUUUAAAAAGGAUGAAGACUCAAAAGAUGAAGAAUCAAAUUAUUAUCAAUUAUCAGUUCCAAUUUCUCGUACUCUUUUUUAUGUUUUCCUUAGUUUAAAAGCUGAAGGUAUAGUAAAUGCUUCUUCUGACGAUGCUUCCGCUUUAGAUCUUCCAGUUGUGACAAGUUAUUUUACAACUCCAUGCUUUAUCGUUCACUCAAAUCUCGAAUUUUCAGAAAAAAAGGGUGAAGAUGGUGAAGAUAUGAGAUUCUUCAAAUUGCAAAACUUCUUUUUGGAAUCUUCUUUUACCGAAAGUAAGCUUGAGCUCAUUUAUUACAUGGCUCUAAUUCCAUUCCAAGCAUCUAAAAAAAGAGUUGGAACUGUCGAUCAAUGUAAAGGUCACAAUCUUUAUGUCUCAAUCCAUGACAAGGCCAAUAAUCAAUAUUAUCAUUACGAUUGGAUCACUCAUAGAGAUAUUUUUAGUAAAACUUCAAAAUCAAUUACCCUUUCUCUCGAUUCAAUUCCAAAAGGUAAAAAUCUUCUAAUUGGUAUAAACUAUUGCUCUGCCAAGUCACACCUCAAACAAAAUUUUGAAUAUCAAUUCGAAUUAGAUCUCAAUACUGGUUUGUUAUCAUCAACAGCUGCAGAUAUUAGCAUUUCAUCAUCUUCACACACACCAAAAAUCACCAAAUUAGAAGACAUUCCACGUCCAACAACAAGAAAAAGAGAAUCAACCAAAAUAUCAAAACAAUCUUCCUCAUUAGGAACUCCUCAAUUACCAGCACCAACAUUACCAAUUACUUUUGACUAUAAUAAUAUUAUUAAUGUUGAUCCAUUAUCAUUUCAAAAUUCUCACUUACCAUACCAAACUAAUUAUUCUUCUGAUAAUGAGUCCUUAUCAACUUUAUCUCCAUCAUCUCCAUUAUCCCCUUUAUCCCCACCAUAUCCAUCAUCUCCAUCACCACCAUCUCCAUCACCAUCCUCAUGUUCAUCAGAUAAUUUCCAAUUCUCCAAUGUUCUUUCUUUAAUUAAAAGUGGUAAAAUGUCUAAAGAUGAAUGUGAUCAACUAAAACAUGCUCUAUUAUUAGAUCAACCACAAAUUCAAAAUCAAAAUCAAAAUAUAGAUACUAAUACAAAUAUAGAUACAAAUACAAAUUAUUUUGGACUAGAGCAAUAUUAUACACCAUUGCCAACAGAGAUGAUUCAUGGAGACCCAAAUUUAAUCACAAACCCCAGUUCUGUUACCUUCUGCUCAAAUGAUAGCUUUAUUCCCUUUGAUCUAAGCCAACAAUUUUCUGUUGAUAUCGAAUCUGAUGAUGCUUAUCAACCAUGUAAAAAGUUAAGAAAUGAUGAUGGCUAUAUGUUUAAUCUUAACGCAAGCACCAACAUCCUCCUUCCUAACUGGCCACAAAAUUAA